AUGUCACAGAGUAUUAGCACCAGCGCCCCAGCCGCAAAGGCCGCUCAGGGGGUACCAACUAGUUCCAAGAAAGCGAAAGAAACCCAACAGUUUACUUUGAAAACCCCAAAGGGAACCAAAGACUGGGCUGAUAAAGAUAUGAUAAUCAGAGAGGCCAUUUUCAGCAAGCUUACAUCGCUCUUCAAAUCCCACGGAGGUGUGACCAUUGAUACUCCAGUUUUUGAGCUGAGAGAGAUCCUCGCUGGAAAAUACGGUGAAGACUCGAAGUUAAUUUACAAUCUGGAAGACCAAGGAGGUGAGCUCACUUCUUUGAGAUACGAUUUGACCGUUCCAUUUGCCAGAUAUGUUGCCAUGAACGGAAUCGCUAAUAUCAAACGGUAUCACAUUGCCAAGGUUUAUAGAAGAGAUCAACCUGCCAUGACCAAGGGAAGAAUGAGAGAGUUCUACCAAUGUGAUUUCGACGUUGCCGGAAGCUACGAUUCCAUGGUUCCGGAUGCAGAGAUCAUGAACAUUCUUGUCUCUGGUUUGACCGGACUGGGAAUCAGAGACUUCAAGAUUAAGUUGAACCACAGAAAGAUUUUGGAUGGUAUUUUUCAAGUUUGUGGAGUCAAGGAGGAGGAUGUGCGUAAAAUCUCCUCUGCUGUUGAUAAGUUGGACAAAUCCCCAUGGGAAGCUGUCAAGAAGGAAAUGUGUGAGGAGAAGGGACAACCAGAGGAGGUUGCUGACAAGAUCGGAGAAUACGUUAAAAUUAGUGGUUCUUUGAGAGAAGUGUUGCAGAAACUGUCUAGCGACCCAGUUUUGAUGGCUAACGAGUCUGCCAAGCUGGGUGUGGAAGAGAUCACCACCAUGACCGAUUAUGUUGAGGCAUUUGAAGUGGAUAAAUACAUCUCCUUCGAUAUGUCCUUGGCCCGUGGUCUGGACUACUACACUGGUGUCAUUUACGAGGCAGUUACAGAACAAAGUGCUCCACCUGAAGACGCUGCUGAGAAGAAAGAGAAAGCCAAGAAGAGUAAGAAGGACGAAGAGGAUGCAUCCGAGUAUGUUGGUGUUGGAUCGAUUGCUGCUGGAGGACGUUACGACGGACUUGUUGGUAUGUUCCUUGGAACCAACUCCAAGGGUAAAAAGGCUCCAUCUAUUCCAUGUGUUGGUAUUUCGUUUGGUGUUGAGAGACUUUUCUCGCUGAUCAAGCAGAGAGCACAAUUGGCAGACAAGAUCAGAGCUUCGUCCACCCAGGUGUACAUCAUGGCCUUUGGUGGUGGUGAAGGAUGGAACGGGUUCUUGAAGGAGAGAAUGACCGUUGCAUCUCAACUUUGGAAGGCUGGAAUCGAGUGCGAAUACUUGUACAAAGCUAAAGCCAAUCCACGUAAGCAGUUCGAGGCUGCCGAGAGAAGUGGGUGCCCAAUUGCUGUGAUUCUUGGCAAGGAAGAAUAUCCGCAGGGUCAAGUGCGCGUGAAGGUUCUUGGUACCGGAAACGAGAAGGAGGACGGAGAACUUGUUGAUUUGUCCGACCUUAUUAAAGUUGUUUCGACCAAGUUGGAAGAGCUCAAAUACGACGGCAUGGACGAUGUGACUAGACUGUUGGCUGGACUAUAG